CAGUGAAAUCACUCCGGCCAGUGAGCCGCUGCUCCGUGGUCUAGCAUAGUUGUCCAAAUCUCAUUUUAUUUUUCUUUGUAUUAUUUCACGAAUCUGUUUUGUGUAUAUAUUCGUCUUUCUUACGCACGGCGGAUUGGUUUGGUUACGCACAAGGAAUGCUUUUGUAGUUCGGAUCUCAGCAGUUCGGCGUUGGUCUGAUGGAACAAGACACAGCCUUUAUGUUCCCGUUUGUUUUUGGAUUCAGCGCAGUUCAAGGAUCCCGGGGAAUGCAGUAAUCGAUGUAGGACACAUGUAACAAGUCCUCAAACCAGUCGGAGGGUCUUGCCACAGGGUAUCGAGACAAGGAAAAGCAUUUGUAAAUGGAUCGCCAUUCCAGCCUUGUUUCUCUCUGGUUUCAGCUGGAACUUUGUGCGAUGGCCGUUCUUCUCACGAAAGGAGAGAUCAGGUGCUAUUGUGACGCACCGCACUGUGUUGCCACUGGAUACAUGUGUAAAUCAGAGCUCAACGCUUGCUUCACCAAGGUCCUGGACCCACUAAACACAAACUCACCUCUAACACAUGGCUGUGUAGAUUCACUAUUAAACUCCGCAGACGUGUGCUCCAGCAAGCAUGUGGAUGUUUCUAGUGGAAGCUCCUCUCCUGUAGAGUGCUGCCAUGAUGAUAUGUGUAACUACAGAGGUUUGCAUGACCUCACGCACCCUCGAGGUGAUUCGACAGACCGAUACUACAGCUCCAAUCAGAACCUGAUCACAAGGGUGCAAGAGUUAGCGUCCGCUAAAGAGGUGUGGUUUCGGGCGGCAGUGAUAGCGGUUCCCAUCGCGGGUGGCCUUAUCCUGGUUCUGCUGAUUAUGCUGGCAUUGCGAAUGCUUCGUAGUGAAAACAAGCGUCUCCAGGCCCAGCGCCAGCAGAUGCUGUCUCGCCUGCAUUACAGUUUUCAUGGACACCACCAUGCUAAGAAAGGCCACGUGGCCAAGCUGGACUUGGAGUGCAUGGUGCCAGUGACGGGACAUGAGAACUGCUGUCUGGGCUGCGAUAAGCUGCGGCAGAAAGAGUUGUGCACGGGAGGAGGAAGCGGAGGCGAACGUCUCCUAUCUCUUGUGCACUGGGGGAUGUACACAGGACAUGGCAAGCUGGAGUUUGUAUGACUACUCGAAGCUUCCUUGUUAGGGCACAGAAGGGGUAACUGUUUAGUUUGCUGUCAUAAUUUUAUUAUCGUCCCGCUCGGCGUGUUAUUUUAUUGUCUCCAUGGAGAGCGAAGAAAUUUCAAGGACGCAAAUCUUUGUGUUUUCUCAAAAGAGCACUUUACUUGAAUUAGAUUGGCCGGUCAUUGAGGGACUGUGGUGAAGAGGAAAGAGGUGGGGCUAAGAACGACAAGCCCCGCCCCUUCCCCACCGAGCCGUGUCCUGUGGAUCCUGGAAUGACACUGAAUACUGAAGGAUUCGUAAAGACGGUCUUAUUUUGCACAUUUGUAUAAAAUGGACUAGAUGACUGUGGAAUGGUUGGAAAGUUGCACUCGAAGCAGCUUUUUUGAAGAAUUUUACACUGACACCAGGGUACAAAUAAGAUUGGUUGUAGUCAAAUUGUAUGAAUAAAGGAACCAAUCUUGACUGUAACAAA